AGACAAAUCUAUAAUUCUGGACGACCGAGAGUUGGAGUAGGUGAAGUGGGUGGUAUGGGUCGCUCUUAUUGCUGCGGUGGUUAUUAUGACUACGGAUCUGGCACGUACGGUGGAUAUGGCCGCGGAUGGAGAGGAUACAUGCACAAAUACGGUGGUGGCGAGAAUAACAACUGCGGCGGUACCAAUAUUGGAAGCAUAAACUCUGAGAACAUAAAGAGGAACAGGUGA